UUGAUGAUUCCUCAACGGUUGGAUGGAUUGCACCCAUUCAUUAGAUCAGCGCAAAAACUGGUAUGAAAACGAUUAUCUGGUCAGAGUUGUUAUAAUUUGAGUGGAGGGAGAAGAGAAUUCAAGACAUGCUCAAGAUGCGCAAAGUAAGUUUUGUUUCUGGUUCGUCUAACAUAACAACACAAAUCUCUAUAGAGAACACAUCAUUGUGAUCUGUGAGUUUGUUGAUAGAACAGUGUCUUGUCUUAAGCGUCAAUAUGAUUGCGAUAUCUACUGGGCUGCUUCUAACACUGACCAUAGUCAACGGAAUGAGUGUACCAGGGAAUGUGAACGCGACAAUCAAGCCGUUCACAGACGCCUGUUUGGACUGCAUCUGCGAGGGCGUCGGAUGUCGCCAUGAGACGUUCUGUCGGUCGAACGUGUGUGGCAUACUCUACAUGACCAAGCUGUUCUGGAUCGAUGCACAGAAGCCAGUUGUUCUGCUAGAUGACCCAGAGUCUGAGGGAGCAUACCAAAGAUGCGCCAAUGAUGAGACAUGCGCAAGAACUGCUGUGAGAACUUACAUGGAACUAUACCCUUUUGAUUGCAACGAUGACGGAGUGGUGGACUGUUACGAUUACGGGGCGAUUCACAACAUGGGCAGGCAUGGCUGCCGGUCGCCUUUAUCCGCAGUCUUCGGAAAAAAGUUUCCCGAGUGUUUGAAGAAGAUGAAGAAAGAAUAAACGCAUCAGCUGAUCUCAAAAUUAAAAGUGAACAAAUCUCAUAAAUGAAACAGAAAAGUGUAAUAUUAUAAUUUGUAUUGGAUAAAUAUUAAAAUUCGAGUUGAAAUAAUAAAACUGAUCGAGGACUCUA